GUUUGACGUAUUUGUCGAAUAAAUAGCGGGAGGCGGGAACAUAUUUUGUAAAAAUUGUAAAGCACAAAAACAAUGGAUCCAGAGGAGAUAGAAUUUUUAGCAGAAAAGGAGUAUAUUACAAUAAUACCUACAUUUAAUAAUGCUGUCAUUCAUCUAAUAACUGGUGAUGUAGGCCCAUUUCGAGCUAGCAUUCCAACUAGGGUGCCCCUUUGGAUGGCAGUGACAUUAAAACAACAACAGAGGUGUAAAAUUCAGCCCCCAGAUUGGAUGACUGUGGAAAAGUUAGAGGAAAUAAAAGAGGACGAAAAACAGUCAGCAAAUUUCACAAAAAUGCCAAGUGACCAUUACAUGGUAGAAGCAAAAGUGCUUUUAGAUUGUGCAUCUGAUGAUAUUCCUAAAGCGGAUGAAGUAAGAACUGUUAUAAAAGAUAUAUGGGAUAUCAGAAUGUCAAAAAUUAGAUCUUCAGUGACAAAGUUGGUGAAAAACAGUGAAUUUUAUGCUGCUGUAGAUAAUUUAACAGUUAUGGAAAUUAAUUCAAUGCGACCAAUACUCCCACAUGCUUUAGAUCAAUUAUACAGAAUCAAAUCAAGCAGAAGACUGAAAGCUUCCCAAAACUCUUCAAAUUUAUCAUCAUAUUUAAGAAGAUCGACAUCUUUCAAUUUCACAUCUUAAUGUUUUUUUUUAUUGUACAUAGAAAAUAAUUGUAAUGUGAUAGCUAAGGUAUGGUAAAUUUUACAUAUAUCGCCCAUCUGGAAGAAAAGUGACACAACUCAAAAAUGCAUAAUUCCAGUUAUCUUGUUAAAUUGACUCUAAAUAUCGUAUACUUUUACCAGGAAAAAUGUCACAUAGAUGUUUACUUCCAACCUCGGAAGAUGUCGGUAGUGUCAUUAUUCCUUUGGCAGUAAAAUGAAUAUUUUUAUUGUGGAACAAUGACACUUUUCAGUUAUGCUCUGACAUUCGACUUGAACAUAUUGUUAUUUUAUCACAAAAACCGUUGUAUUUCGAGAAGUGUCCUAGGUAUUUUUGUUUAAUUUUAAAAAAUUUGACCAAUAUUUUAAAAGAAAAGUGACAUAAUUCAAAAUUUUGAUCUUUUUCCUUGUUAAAUAAGAUAUCGCGGUUUUUUGGUUUUGCCUCUUACACAAUUAGAAACAUUCAUUUAUCCAUAUGCUUCGUUUUUAAUUUAGAAAUUUUAUCACCUUUUAAAACUUACAGUUAAAUUAAGAUCUAAAAAAUCUAUUUUGUCUCCCCUAAAAGAAGUUGUUUUUUGAGUUGGGACACUUUUUCCGGUUGAGCGAUAUAUACACCUACCUACUAUACCUAAAUUUCACAGUUAUCGAGGAUAUUUAGCUUUAAAUGGACUAUACAUUAAAUGUUAGUACACUUGAGAGCAAAAUAAUCGACUCACUUGCUGAAUAAUUGUACACGUGGAAUUUCCUAAACCUGUUGUCCGAUUUGAGUGAUUUUUUUAGUAUGUUGUAGCCUUAUUAUUUAAGAAAAUCGAUGUAAUAUUAUUGUUGCUAUACAUGUAAAGGUCAUUUUAUACCGGGUGUAAUAAUCAUACUGUGUUUUUUCUUAAAGUUCGGAACACCCUGUGGAGUAUUCUAACAUAUUAUAAAAAAUAUUUAAAUUAAAAUUAAAUUGUAGGCUUAGGCUUUAUUAACAUUUUUUUUGACUGAUUUGCUUAUGUUGCAUAAUAAAAAAGUUAGAUACGUUUAAGAAAAAAACACCCUAUGAUUGUUACACCCGGUAUAAAAUGACCUUUACCUGUCUAGCAAUAAUAAUAUUACAUCGAUUUUUCUUAAAUAAUAAGGCUGUAAUAUACUACAAAAACAGUCGAAUCGGACAACAGGUUUAGGAAAUUCGAGCCUUCUAACGUGUACAAUUCAGCAAGUGAGUCGAUUAUUUUGCUCUCAAGUGUAUAAUAUGGACCGCGUUAUGUAAUAACGGAUUAACCGCCAAAAGUCCAAAAUCGAGAUAAUAGUGCCAUCUUGCAGCUAGGGUGCAAAUCUAUGUAUAAAAAUAUGUUUUUUGUAAAAAAAUUAAAAAAAAAAGCUGUUUUUAAAUGCCUGUAUUAAGCGACAUUUUUUAUUUUCUUAAAAAAAAUCCCACACUAGGAUUUGUAAUAUCGAACUAAACGCCAAUAAUGGUACAUAAUCCAUUGUCAUAAACAAAAAUCCGCAUCUUUGUAAGUGUAAUAACGAAUCAAGCGCCACGAAUAGUCGGUUAAUUCUUUAUUACAAACCAUAACAUAUUUACUAACGUUAAAGAUAUCGAAUUAAAAGACAUCCUUUGUAAGGUAACAUCAGAUUAAGCGCCAAAUAUGUCUCCUAAUCCGGUAUUCGGAUCUUAACCCAUGCAUAUCUUAAAAAAUCAUUAACGAAUUAAGCGACAUUUGAUCGAAUAACUUUUAAAAUAUAAAUUAUUUUUAAAAAAUUUUAAACACAUGUAAAAGUCUAUUUACAUUUGCAUUAAUAUAUUAAAUAUGAAACAUGUCAGUACUAUAUUUUAGAAAUAGUACCAAAAACAAAUUUAAAAUCUUUAAACCGAUUUAUCUCAAAACUACAUUUUGGCGCUUAAUCCGCUAUUACAUAACGCGGUCCAUAUUCAUUUGUAUUACAUAGCGCGCCAUGGAAAUUUUAGUUGACAAUCCUCAAAAAUGUAAAUCUAAAUGUAUAGGGCUUUUCAUCGAUUGCCAUUUGUUUCGAACUUCUGUCAUAUGUUGUAUAAUCUGUGUAUAAUAUUAAUAUACACGGAUUAUACGACAUAAUAUGACAGAAGCUCGAAACAAAUGACUGUGAAUAAAAAGCCCUAUAUGAUUUGCACGAACUGAAUACAUACUAUCAAAUAAAAUUUGCAUGGCCGACUGUGCAAUAAUAAUCAGAAUAUAAACAUUUAAUAUUUAUAUACAUUAAAAGUCCAGAGAAAUAAGAUUUUUCUCGUGACACAUCCCCCUUCAUGCCGAAACCAAAUUUUUUGAGUAGUAUGAACAUCUAUAUUAAUAACCUAUAUGUUUCCUGCAGCUGAUUUUGAUGAUAUACAUAGUUAUAAACAAAUGGAAAUAAAAAAACGGUAAAUUUUCGCUUUUUUCGUCUAUUACUAAAAAGUGAAGCAUUCUAAACAAAUUUGAGAAUAAGAAAAUCAUAAUUCAUAUAAAAAACUUCAAUAUGGCGUUCGCUGAAUAUCUCUAUCCUUAUUUGUUGCUUAUAAAAUUGCAAAAUAAGUCAUAAAUGAACCUUCUUAUUACACGGAAUGCUGAGACUUCUUGUGCUUAAAUUAUAUUUUAAAUUUCAAAGCAUUUGGUCAAAUAGUUUAAAAGUUAUUUAAUUUGUUAAUCCCAAAUUCAUUUUUUGCAACACUAUAAGUCAGAAAAUUAUGAGGUUACAGUAAUACUUCGGACAGUUUAUGAAAGAAGAACAUUUAUACUGUUAACUUAAUUUAAAAAAAGUAAUUUUAAACAGUGUAAAAUUAUUUUGCAAAACAUGUCGAUUUUUGCUUACAUAUAACAAUUAGAAUAACUUUUUAACCGUUACCCGUAAAAAAAUUAUUUUUUCAUAUUUAGAAAGACUGAAUUUUUAUACACAUGUAGAAAGAAAAACAAUUGUCCUAGGACAAUUAGGGACCAAGAUAGCCCCCUUUUUUAAUUUACAUGUUCUUGCAAAAUAAUUUUGCAAUAUUUAGAAUUAUUUUUUGUAAUUUUUUUUUAAUUAAAUUAAUAGUGUAAAUCUUCUAAUUUAAAAAAAGUAAUUUUAAACAGUGUAAAAUUAUUUUGCAAAACAUGUCGAUUUUUGCUUACAUAUAAACAAUUAGAAUAACUUUUUAACCGUUACCCGUAAAAAAAUUAUUUUUUCAUAUUUAGAAAGACUGAAUUUUUAUACACAUGUAGAAAGAAAAACAAUUGUCCUAGGACAAUUAGGGACCAAGAUAGCCCCCCUUUUUUAAUUUACAUGUUCUUGCAAAAUAAUUUUGCAAUAUUUAGAAUUAUUUUUUGUAAUUUUUUUUUAAUUAAAUUAAUAGUGUAAAUCUUCUAAUUUAAAAAAAGUAAUUUUAAACAGUGUAAAAUUAUUUUGCAAAACAUGUCGAUUUUUGCUUACAUAUAAACAAUUAGAAUAACUUUUUAACCGUUACCCGUAAAAAAAUUAUUUUUUCAUAUUUAGAAAGACUGAAUUUUUAUACACAUGUAGAAAGAAAAACAAUUGUCCUAGGACAAUUAGGGACCAAGAUAGCCCCCCUUUUUUAAUUUACAUGUUCUUGCAAAAUAAUUUUGCAAUAUUUAGAAUUAUUUUUUGUAAUUUUUUUUUAAUUAAAUUAAUAGUGUAAAUCUUCUUCUUUCAUAAACUAUCCAAAGUAUUACUGUAACUUCAUCAUUUUCUGACUUAUAGUGUUGCAAAAUUAAUUUGGGAUAAACAAAUUAAAUAACUUUUAAACUAUUUGACCAAUUGCUUUGAAAUUUAGGGUAUGAUUUAAGCACCAGAAGUCUCAGCAUUCCGUUUAAUAAGAAAGUUCUAAGUUAAUUUUUACAUAAGUUAUGAAUAUUUAUAAAAACUCAAAAUUUAUGAUUUAUUUUGCAAUUUUCUAAGCAACCAAUAAGGAUAGACAUAUUCAGCGAACACCAUAUUGAAGUUUUUUAUACGAUCUAUGAGUUUCUUUCUCUCAAAUUUGUUUAAAAUGCUUAACUUUUUGGUAAUAGACGAAAAAAGCGAAAAACCGUUUUUUGAUCUUCAUUUGUUUAUAACUAUGUAUAUCAUCAAAGUCGGCUGCAGGAAACAUAUAGGGUAUUAUUAUAGAUGUCCAUACUACUCAAAAAAUUUGGUUCGGCCUGGAGGGGGUUGUGUCACCAACAGGAUAUUUUUUUUCCUCAUUUCUCUGAACUAACAUCUCAAUAACUGUUAUAUUGAUUUAGGUUUAGGUAUAUACAAUUUUUUAUAAUUUUACCGUAUUAAUUAUUAAUAAAUUGAUGAAUAUUCUUUAUAA